AUGAUGGAUUCAGUUGCUAAUUAUGGCAAGGGAUUGAAACUCCCUACUUAUCAUGAAACAAGGGUGACUUUCUUGAAAAAAGAGGUAGAAAAUAUACACUUCACACUGGAUAAGUAUAAAAAUGAGUGGAGAAAAACAGGUUGCACUUUAAUGUCAGAUGGACGGACGGAUAAUAGAGAGAGAUCUAUCACAAACUUCCUUGUCAAUAGUCCAAAGGGAACAGUUUUUCUUAAAUCUAUUGACACCUCCGAUAUUUUCAAGAAUGCUGAAAAUUUAUUUCAAUUGCUUGAUUCUUUGGUGCAAGAAAUUGGAGAGGAGAAUGCGGUACAAGUAGUGACAGAUAGUGCUUCAGCUUAUGUUUCAGCUGGUGAAAAAUUAAUGGAAAAAAGACGUAAGAUCUUUUGGAAUUCUUGUGCUGCCCACUGCAUUGAUUUGAUGCUUCAUGACAUUGGUGAUUUGCCUGUGCAUGCAAAUACUAUAAAAAAAGCAAAGAAGAUCACUGUUUUUAUUUACCGUCAUAUUUGGGUGCUUGAUUUGAUGAGAAAAUAUACAAAAGGGAGGGAAUUGGCAAGACAAGGUGUCACAAGAUUUGCCACUGCCUACUUAACUUUGAAGAGUAUAUAUCAACAAAAGAUUGGAUUAAGGUCUAGGUUUGCAUCUGAGGAAUGGGCUAAGAGUCCCUAUGCAAAGAAAAGUGAUGGCAUUAAUGUCCAAUUAAUUGUCUUAAGUGAUCCAAAGUUUUGGCCUACUAUUAAAUUUUGCUUGAAACGUGUGACCCGUUAG